GUUAUGCGUGCGCAGUGUAUUUACCGGUUGGUUGGAAAGUCGAUGCAACGUGUGACAGCAGUUAAACGGGUGUUUUCGUGGCUGUCGUGCAAUCAAUACCAAUAUCUGACAUCCCCAGGCCAUUUGCCAACAAUUAAUAAUUGUUCCAGUCAGAGGUCAUUUUCAUUUGCGUCGAGAGUCAUGUCCUACCAAGCUGUUGAACGAGGUCGUUUGAACACGACAGAUUAUCGUGUGUUUAUCACUGAUGGAGAAGGCAAGCCCGUCUCGCCCUUCCACGACAUUCCUCUCUACUCCAACCCAGAGACAAAGGAGUGCAACAUGGUGGUUGAAAUUCCGCGCUGGACAAACCACAAGAUGGAGAUCUGCAAAGAGGAACCCCUUAACCCUAUCAAGCAGGAUGUGAAGAAAGGCAAAAUCCGUUUUGUGAAGAAUUGCUUUCCCCACCAUGGAUACAUCUGGAACUACGGGGCCCUCCCUCAGACGUGGGAGGAUGUUGAGCACGAGGAACCAUCGACUGGUACUAAGGGAGAUAACGACCCACUCGAUGUAUGUGAGAUCGGACAGAAAGUGCAUAAAAGAGGCAGUAUAAUACAGGUGAAGAUCCUGGGAAUUAUGUGCCUUGUAGAUGAAGGGGAGACCGACUGGAAAGUCAUCUGCAUUGAUGUGACUGAUCCCUUGGCGCCGCAGCUCAAUGAUAUUGAUGAUGUAGAAAAACAUAUGCCAGGAUUUAUCAAGGCCACUAGAGAAUGGUUCACCAUCUAUAAAAUCCCAGAUGGAAAGCCAUCCAAUAAGUUCGCCUUCAACGGGGAGGCCAAAAACCGGGAUUUUGCCCUGAGGGUUUUGGAUGAGACACACGGGCAGUGGCAGAAGCUUGUCGGAGACGGGGUCUCCAACCGUGGAGAUCUAUGCUGUAAAAAUGUGAAUGUGGUUGGUAGUCCAUAUAAGAUUGAACCAAGUGAAACCAAAACCAUCAUUGAACAGGCUGCAGCUGUUGGGCCAGCUGAAUCCUUGCCAGACGACGUGGAUCUAUGGCACUACAUUCCUCCCUCAGCUUUGUGAGGAGUAUUCAAUUGUGACAUCUACAGCAUAUCUACACAAGAUGGCGGCAUAUAAUGUGAUCAUUGUGAACAUUUUUGUAACCAUAGAUGAACCAUGUACCGUAUCGCUUAUUUAGAUAAAAGAAUGAUUUGUUUUAAUGGAUAUAAAUUAUACUUAAUUGUGACUUUUUUUUUGCCAAUCAUAAGCAUUUAUUUAAACUUUAUUUAUGUGAUUAAACUUGGUCCUACAUGAAAAACCUAAAUUAUUUGGUGUGUUUUUUCUCACCUAGGGCUUCCUGGUUUUGGUUUUAGAAAUUAUAUGUUUAUAUUUGUUUGUUAAAUUGAGGCAAAUAUGAGUUAGGUUAAUCAUGCAUUUACUACUUAACCAUGAAUUCCCAUUGUUGCUCAAGUUAUGUGGACAUCAGAGGUAUAUCAGUUUUUCUUCGUCCAGUUGUGUUUUUUCACAUAUUUAAAUAUAUAUCUGUGUUAUUCACAUGAUGAUGUGCACCAUAUUUCUGUACCAUCCUUGUGUAUGAAAGUCUUAAACAAUCGCAAGUAUGCUGGAGCAAGUAACGCAAUAAAUACAAACCUUUUCUAGAUUUUUGUGUAUGGUGCUAGACCACUUGGUACACGAAAAAAUGUGUUUUGUUUAUCUGUGAAAAGUAAUUGAUGCCUUAUACAAUUCCAAUUUACUGUGUUAUGUUUAAAAUUCGAAAGAAUGAAGUUGUACAUCAGUAAGGUUUAAAAAGAAUCCUUUGUUUCUACUAACUCGAUCGACCCUUUUUUCCUGGUUUAUGAUUUUUUUGCAUUUCGAUCAAUUUUUGGAUUUUUCAAGUAGGUAGUUUCCGAAAUGAGUGAAUAUUUAUUAAGCCAGCGUAUUAAAGAUUGACCAUUAUUUAUUUAAAACUUUCUUCAAUACUCAUGUACCCUGAUAAAGGUUGGUUAAGUACAGAAUCCUGGUUCUCAAGAAAAUGUUAGGCCUACGUACCAGUCAUUGAAAUUAGACUUUUGGAUAAACAAGCCCGAAUUCAUAUACUAUAUAGUUUGGCUUCAAAUUUUUUAACAAGCCGUGCUAUAUAAAAUUCAGAAUUUGAGCAAGCUCGGAAGACAUUUUACCAGUGCAGGGCUUGCGGGCUUGCGUUAAUUUCGACCACUGACAAACCUUCAUGUACCCAAUUUUAUUUUUGAGAUGGUAGUGGAAACAAAGAACUUAUUUUUUGCCAAAUUGAAAUAUGGUAUUGAUACCUUAAUAUUGUUAAAUAGUGCUUUUCUUUCUUUUUCUUGGAAUAACUAAUUAUGUAAAGUGAUUGAACAAACUUCUAUAUCUGUUACUAGACUAUUACUACAUUGUGGGAUCAUUGUAAUACGUUAAUGAUUUAUUGUAAAAAUAAAUUCCUAACAAUG